AUGUCUUCCAACUCUAUACCAGGAACCAACUCGGUGCUAGGCCUCUGUAGCAUCAUACAAAACAAUGCAGUCAGUAGUAGCGAACUUCUUGAAACUUGCUUUUACAAACGAACCAAAUACUACUAUCACGCUCACGACCCCAGAGCCGAAGAGUUCUCCCCGUCAGUCCACAGGCUGUUCGCCAGGUGCUACAAAACUCAAACUCCAAACCUGGGUAUUCUAGCAUGCCUACCUCAAGACCUCCUCGAAGUUAUCGUGUUACAGCUAGACAUCGAUUCGUACCGACGGUUUAGACAAGUUAGUCGGAGGGCGCGCUACGUCUCAACUGCUAUCAACAUCUACCAGCGUGUUCUGCGCCACGCCCCAGAUGCACUUAACGCUUUGAGACGAACAGAUCUUUACGGCUUUAUCUCGUAUUCCGAUAUUUACAUCGCACUGACGACAACGAAAUGUGCUUUCUGUGGACAGUUCGGCGAUUUCUUAUUCCUCCCGACUGCUAAACGCUGCUGCUUCCAGUGUCUUCGCACGUCACCAGAGACAGCUCUCGUCAACGAAGCACGUAUCAGCAGGAGGGAACAGUGGAAGGGAUUAUACGCGGAGCAAGGUGUUGCCCUCACCAACGCCUUGGAGUCGAAGGAUAUACGUACUUUCAAGACGCACAACUGGGAUGACCCUAAGAAAAUGUCCAAGACCCGUGGUGUGUUAGCAAAGGACUUACUAGCCGCCUAUAUCAAAGUCGACAGCACCAUGGCGGAACCUGGCCAAGUCCUGUUAAAGCCUGGCUGGUUGCACUACCGCCUCGCAGCAAGCAUAAUCUUCCCCAGCCUCCAUCUUCACAUGGGAAAGCUCCAGACGGGUGGCGAAUAA